AACUACAUUUCCCAGCAGGCCACAGGGUAUGGUGGCUGUGGGGUUGGUCCGGCCAUUCCUGCCGGCCACGAGUUAAGUCUUAGCUCCGGUGUCUCGUCCCUGGCUGGCAGAAACAUGGAUGGUGGCGACGACCGGUGGCGGAACCUGCCCAGCGGGCCCAGCCUAAAGCACUUAACGGAUCCCUCGUACGCGGUUCCUCCGGAGCAGCAAAAGGCGGCUUUGCAGGACCUGACGCGGGCGCACGUGGAUUCCUUCAACUACGCGGUGCUGGAGGGGCUGAGUCUCGCGGUGCAGGCCAUACCUCCCUUUGAAUUUGCUUUCAAAGAUGAGCGCAUAUCUCUUACUAUUGUGGAUGCGGUCAUCAGUCCACCCUCAGUGCCCAAAGGGACCAUCUGCAAAGAGCUCAACGUCUAUCCAGCGGAAUGUCGUGGCCGAAGGAGCACCUACCGGGGGAAGCUGACGGCGGAUAUCAGCUGGGCCGUGAAUGGAGCCCCCAGAGGGAUCAUUAAGCAGUUUCUUGGCUAUGUUCCUAUCAUGGUAAAGUCCAAGCUUUGCAACUUAUACAACCUUCCUCCUCAAGUCCUCAUUGAGCACCAUGAGGAGGCAGAGGAAAUGGGCGGUUAUUUUAUAAUCAACGGCAUAGAAAAAGUCAUCCGCAUGCUGAUUAUGCCCCGGAGAAAUUUCCCCAUCGCAAUGGUAAGGCCGAAGUGGAAGAGCAGAGGACCCGGCUACACCCAGUUCGGGGUUUCCAUGCACUGUGUGAGAGAGGAGCAUUCCGCUGUCAAUAUGAAUCUGCACUAUGUGGAGAACGGCACGGUUAUGUUAAACUUCAUUUACCGCAAAGAGCUGUUUUUCCUUCCUUUGGGAUUUGCACUUAAGGCACUCGUGAGCUUUUCUGAUUAUCAGAUUUUCCAGGAGCUCACCAAGGGCAAGGAGGAGGACUCUUUCUUUAAGAACUCUGUUUCUCAGAUGCUGAGGAUUGUCAUGGAAGAGGGCUGUCACACGCAGCAGCAGGUCCUUGAGUAUCUGGGUGAACGCUUCCGAGUGAAGCUCAGUCUUCCUGAGUGGUGCCCUAACAAGGAAGCUGCCGAGUUCCUGUUUAACCAGUGCAUCUGCAUCCACUUGAAAUCCAACACUGACAAGUUCUACCUGCUCUGCCUCAUGACCCGGAAGCUGUUCGCUCUAGCCAGGGGAGAGUGCAUGGAGGACAACCCAGACAGUUUGGUGAACCAAGAAGUCCUUACCCCCGGGCAGCUCUUCCUGAUGUUUCUGAAGGAAAAAAUGGAAAAUUGGCUGGUGUCUAUUAAAAUAGCUUUAGAUAAGAGGGCUCAGAAGACUAAUGUCUCCAUGAACAAUGAAAACUUGAUGAAGAUUUUAAGUAUGGGAACAGAGCUAACAAGACCAUUUGAAUAUCUUCUCGCUACUGGGAAUCUGCGUUCUAAAACAGGUCUCGGCUUCCUGCAAGACUCUGGCCUGUGUGUCGUGGCGGAUAAGCUGAACUUCAUUCGCUAUCUCUCGCAUUUCCGCUGUGUGCACAGAGGGGCUGACUUUGCCAAGAUGAGGACCACCACCGUGCGCAGGCUGCUGCCAGAAUCCUGGGGCUUCCUCUGCCCUGUGCACACUCCAGACGGGGCGCCAUGUGGGCUGCUAAACCACCUGACUACUGUGUGCGAGGUUGUCACCAAGUUUGUGUACACAGCAUCUAUUCCAGCCUUGCUCUGUGGCCUAGGAGUCACUCCUGUCGAUGCAACGCCAUGUCAGCCAUACAGCGACUGCUACCCCGUCCUGCUGGAUGGCGCCCUGGUGGGCUGGGUGGAUAAGGAGCUUGCUCCUGAAGUUGCAGACACUCUCCGUCGAUUCAAGGUGUUGAGAGAAAAAAGAAUUCCUCCCUGGAUGGAGGUGGCCCUGAUUCCCAUGACAGGCAAGCCAAGUCUGUACCCAGGGCUGUUCCUCUUCACCACUCCCUGCAGGCUGGUGAGGCCUGUGCAGAACCUGGAGCUGGGUAAGGAAGAGCUCAUCGGAACCAUGGAACAGCUCUUCAUGAACGUUGCCAUCUUUGAGGACGAGGUUUUCAGUGGAGUGUCCACACACCAGGAGCUCUUCCCUCACAGCCUGCUGAGCGUGAUCGCCAACUUCAUCCCCUUCUCUGAUCACAACCAGAGUCCUCGGAACAUGUACCAGUGCCAGAUGGGUAAGCAGACCAUGGGCUUUCCGCUACUCACUUACCAAGACCGAUCAGAUAAUAAACUCUAUCGACUCCAGACACCUCAGAGCCCUCUAGUGAGACCGUGCAUGUAUGAUUACUAUGACAUGGACAACUAUCCGAUCGGGACAAAUGCGAUUGUAGCUGUGAUCUCCUACACUGGCUAUGAUAUGGAGGAUGCCAUGAUUGUGAACAAGGCUUCCUGGGAGCGAGGCUUCGCUCAUGGAAGUGUCUACAAGUCUGAGUUCAUAGACCUCGCAGAAAAAUUCAAGCAAGGAGAUGAUAAUCUGGUGUUUGGGGUCAAACCUGGUGACCCACGGGUUAUGCAGAAGCUGGACGAUGAUGGAUUGCCAUUCAUAGGGGCAAAGCUGGAAUUUGGUGAUCCUUACUACAGCUACCUAAACCUUAACACCGGGGAAGGCUUUGUGGUGUACUAUAAGAGUAAAGAAAACUGUGUCGUGGACAACAUCAAAGUGUGCAGUAACGACACAGGAAGCGGGAAGUUCAAGUGUAUCUGCAUCACAGUCCGCGUGCCCCGGAACCCAACUAUUGGAGAUAAGUUUGCCAGCCGGCAUGGACAGAAGGGCAUUUUGAGCAGGCUGUGGCCGGCUGAGGACAUGCCUUUCACUGAGAGUGGGAUGAUGCCGGACAUUCUGUUUAACCCUCACGGGUUCCCCUCCCGGAUGACCAUAGGUAUGUUAAUCGAAAGUAUGGCUGGGAAGUCUGCAGCUCUGCACGGUCUCUGCCAUGAUGCGACACCCUUCAUCUUCUCCGAGGAGAACUCUGCCUUAGAGUACUUUGGUGAGAUGCUAAAGGCUGCUGGCUACAACUUCUACGGCACCGAGAGAUUGUACAGCGGCAUCAGCGGGAUGGAGCUGGAGGCUGACAUUUUCAUUGGUGUGGUUUAUUACCAGCGCUUACGACACAUGGUGUCAGACAAAUUUCAAGUCAGAACAACUGGAGCCAGGGACAAAGUCACCAACCAGCCCAUCGGGGGACGGAACGUCCAGGGUGGGAUCCGCUUCGGGGAGAUGGAGCGGGACGCUCUGCUGGCACAUGGUACGUCUUUCCUUCUUCAUGACCGGCUCUUCAACUGCUCUGACCGCUCUGUCGCCCACGUGUGUGUGAAGUGUGGCAGCUUGCUUUCUCCGCUCCUUGAGAAGCCUCCUCCGUCUUGGUCUGCAAUGCGCAAUAGAAAAUACAACUGCACUGUCUGUGGCCGCAGUGACACCAUUGACACCGUCUCUGUGCCGUAUGUUUUCCGGUACUUUGUAGCUGAGCUGGCAGCUAUGAACAUCAAAGUGAAACUGGAUGUCAUUUAACUUGAUCCCGGCCCUCUGAGCUAGGAGACGAACAGGAGGUAUCCUUCAUCCAGUGAGGAUAUUAUGGGUUCACUCUAGGUCUAUACAAGAAUUUCAGUAUUGAAGCCAUGAACAGGCAGCUGAGAAUUCAAGACUUCUGUGUCUCUGUAACCUACUGAAGUUGGCUUUUGUACAUUUGUUCAAAAAGAUUUUUCUCGUGCCUUCUUUUAAAAAUGACUUAAUUGAUAAUAGAUCAUGCAGGGUGCCUUCUUCCUGGGCCCAGGCUCACUGUCCCCCGCUUUCAGUAGCAGAGGGUGUCUGUUAUCCAGAGCAGGGCAGUACAAUAAACAGAAAGUGGAAGCCAUGUGUGUAAUUCUUACUUUUAUAUACAUAUGAACUAAAGCUAUUUCGUGUAUAUAAUCUGAUGGGUGGAUUGGAAUGUAAGUAUGGUCUGUGGCGACAUUAUCACAGUCAAGGUGACUAACUAGAUCUAUUGUUUGAUGUUGAGUGCCACAGUAGAGUAGCUCACCAAGGUGCUAAUAAUUUUCUACAGGAGCAAAUGGGUUCAGCAUUCUUGAAAAGACUGACCCCCAACUAGCACAUCCCGGUUACUUUUAUUCAGUCAUUACACAAAAUUAAUUGGGUCUGGGAGAGAGAGAUUCCAGCUACUCAAGUAAUCUUGCUUGCCCUUGCUGCCUGAGAGAGCAGACAGCCCACACAGAGCCCAGGCAGAGCUGUUAUGCCUGCCAUAAUCGAAAGUAAGAACUGCAGGUUUGCCAGGAGUGUCUGUGCAGCAGCAAGUGCAGACUUGAGAGGGAAACAUUUCUUCAAGGUUUAAACAGUCUCAAACAACUUCUUAGCCUCUACUCAUUAACUCAAACACAGCAGAAGCUUGGCUGAAACAUUUCACUCAAAGCCAGACACAAAGGCAUUUCACUACACUGAUCCGGCAUCUCCAAAGUUUGCUUGUGCACUUUGGGGUGUGUGUGUGUGUGGUGAGAUGUCCUCUUCACAGUUCCAAAUGCAGCACGAUUAUCAGCUACAAGCGCUGGCCUGUGAGUUUGGCUUUUCUGCUAACUCAGUAGGGUCAUGCAGCACCUGCCCUGGGUGGGUGGCACGUUUCACAUAGCCUGACGUCCUUGACAACCCUGUUUUUGAAUAUGGUGGCACUUCCUCUAAGGCUGAAUGUAUGUGAUUAGCAAGUAACUGUGUUCUUUGCUUUUCUUCUUAACCUUUGUAUGUGUGUCUCAGUGCUUAUUAGGGGUCUCUGUGUGUGCACAUAACAUCUUACACAGCUCUAUUGUUCUCUGUUAAUGGGUGUUUGAAUUUUUCCAUAAGGAAAACACCUUGAAUUGGUUGAUACUUCACCCUUGUUGUUAGUAGCUCAGCUUUAGACCCAGACACUAUUCUGUCUCUUCACAAUCCUGUAGUUGGGCAUACUGACUAAGAAAUUGACGUGACAUUAAGACAACCCAAGUGGUACUCAGAUUUGGCCAAUUUUAUGUGUUCUUAUGUAUAAAUAGUUGCAUGGACCGUUAUCCUCUGUGUAAAUUGCUGUUACACACAGAACAUUAUUACCACACAGCUUGUCCUGUUGUGCCUUCUCUCGCUAUCUCUAACCCUUCAACAUGUUCUCUAUAAUUUCAAGAAAUACAUGUAAAUAGAAUCAUGACAUCAUA